AUGUGGUUACUAGAACACUUCAAAGUUGCGGACAUAAGACAUGUGCCCAGAAGUGAGAACCAAGACGCUAACGAGCUGGCCCAAGUCGCUUUGGGGUAUAAGAUGUCUAAGUCGAAGUUACAAGAUAUGAUCGAGGUUCGAGGAAAAAUGGUGUCAAGUAUGCCCCCAACAGAAGAUGUCCUCAACGAGAACAUAAAUCACGGUCGGGGGCCCUAUGAAGAGUGUCAAGAAACCCAUCGAGUCGAAGAGGCAUGGGAACAUGAAGUUUUUUCUAUCAACAAUUCAUCGCCGACAGAUUGGAGAAAGCCAAUCAUCGACUACUUGGAGAAUCCAGUCGGAAGUACUGAUAGAAAAACCGAAUAUAGGGUUUUGAGCUACGUGUGGUCAGGUAACGAAUUGCUAAAGAAGACACCAGAAGGGUUACUACUCAAAUUCCUGGGAGAUUCCGAAGCGUAUUUAGUCAUCUGCGAAGUACACAGUGGGGCCUGUGGCGCCCACCAGGCAGGCCAUAGGAUGAAAUGGUUGUUGUUUCGACAAGGAGUUUAA